CGGAUACGAAGACGACGCUGGUGAGGAGGACGAAGAAGAAGAGGGAGAGGAUAACAAUGGAGGCGCUCUACCUCCUCUUCUCCAUCGCCUCCACCGUCGCCACCUCCUCCCUCUUCUCCCUCGCCCUCUCCCUCCGAUCCCUUGUCUCCCUCCUCCUCCCCAACCUCUCCUCCGCCGCCGCCGACGAGGGCGGCGCCGCCGAGGAGCUCUCGCCGCCGCCGCCGCCGCAGCGGAUCCGGCUCUACGAGGGCCGCGUGCGCCACGAGCGGCGCCGACCCGUCGCCCACGCCUUCGACUACCCCGUCCGCUACGCCCUCGUCGACCUCGACCACGCCCCCGGCGUCGUCUCCUCCUCUUACUCGCACCUCCACCCCGAUCGCGCUCGCGAGGUCGCGGGCUCCAAUGGACCUGUGUAUCUUUUGACGAUACCGGAGAGCGUAGGUUAUGAGCAGAAUCCUCUGAGCAUCUACUAUUGCUAUGAUUUGGAAGAAGAGAAGGAAGAUGGAGGAGGAAGAGGAGAUGCGCGGCGGUGUUCUAUUCUCCUCAAGAUGUGCAUUGCCGAGGUGACGAACACUCCGUGGGGAGAGAAGGUGUUCUUUACAUUUCGGCCAGGCUCUGAUCUGGUGGCGAAACCCCUGCAUGUUAGUCCAUUCAUGGAUAUGCAAGGAAAUUGGAGUAUCCAUGCGGAUGAACCAGGCGAGGAUCUUUCUGUUGUAAUUUCGGUUCAACAUCCCACACUUGGGAAUUAUUUUACUGCUACUUUACGUGCCAAAGAAAUAUGCCAUUCCACAAAUUCAGUUACUCUGGCAAAAUACUUCUGGUUAAUGCCGCAUAAGGUUGCAAUGUGGAUAUACUGGGAGGCCCUAAGACUCUGGUUGAAAAACGUCAAGUUUUUAGGCCAUCCCAAGUAUCGCAACCCAAACUACCGGGCCGAAGCUUUACUCCGUGAUCAGGAGCUCAGCUGCAAUAAAAAUUUGAACAAUUCAAAUAGCACAAGCACUGAGGGUGACAAAAAACGGUGGUGUGUGUGGAGAGAUGCGCAAUGGCCAUGGUCAUGAUGCUAUCUCGGGAUUACACAGCUAUCUUUUCCGUCGGAUGCUGACUGUGCUUCGAACAAUUCUAGUCAAAUAGCACUUAUUCAAAAGUUGGAAGGAUCAGACACACCGUGCGAACCAAUCUGGGCCACCCAAAUUGGACUCUGCGCAUAUGGUUGGUUGUUGUUCUGAACUACGACGAUGCAUAUCUGGCUUGGUUGGAGCUUCAGUAGUGUUGAUUCGAAAAACAGUAAGCCCUAAGGCACUAGCAGUUUUUCGUUGAAUCUUUUGAGUAACUUUCGUCUGAAUCGCAAAGGUUACAGAAACCUUUUUUUUGGCUUUCAGCCGCGGCUUGGCCAUUGCUUUUCUCCGUAGAGAAGCCGUUGCAGAAGUUAGGCCAAAUAAUCUUUCGACAUGUAGACUGAACUAGAAAAACAGCUUACUAAAUGUCUUCUACAUAAUAGCUAUUUCAUGUUUGAUAGGUAGUAGAUCAGUUCCAUUGCACAUUAAGGUCAAAAAGAUCAUUAGAUAUAUCACAAGUAUUAUAAUGAUUUCGAGGGAAAUAUAGUAAAAAUAUUUUAAUGAUA